AAUAUAAACGUGCACCGUUCGUUUGUGAUUUAUUUUUCGGUUUUCUCUCGUCGAAAUCCACUUUGUUGUGCUUGAAAUUAAUUUCCGAUUGCAGAACCCAACACCGUCGAUCGUUCCACGAUGGAUUCCAGUGGCGAUAGCAUAGAAAAGCUGUAUAAAAACUAUGAAAUCUUAACUGACGCCAAGGACAAGAUUGGUGAGCAUGAGGUGGAGUAUCGGGAAAUUUUAGAUGCCGUUAAGGGAUCCGCUAAAGAAAAGCGUCUCGCGUCGCAAUUUAUCGGGAAGUUCUUCAAGUACUUUCCGAAGCUAUCCGAGCUGGCCAUUGAUCGGCAGCUGGAUCUGUGCGAGGAUGAAGAUGCACAGAUUCGUAAGCAAGCAAUCAAGGAUCUGCCUCAGCUGUGCAAGGAAACCAAGGAACAUACUCCGAAAAUAGCCGAUAUCCUUGCACAGCUGCUAAUCACGGAAGAUGUGACUGAACUGCAGCAAGUGCACCUAUCUUUGUUGACUUUGGCUAAGUUCGAUGCCACCGGAACACUAACCGGAAUCUUCAGUCAGAUCGUAGCCGGGGAUGAGCAGACACGUUUUCGAAACUUUCAAUUUGUUUUGAACAAAAUGAUUAAGAUCGGACCGGAGGUCAUUACGAAGGAGGUGGAAGAUUUUGUCAUCGCUGAAAUUAAGAAAAUUCUUCUGGAUGUAAGUGCGGACGAGUUCCAUCUGUGCAUGUCCAUUCUGAACCAGACCAAGCUGAGCAAAACCGUUACCGGUCAUGCCGAGCUGGUGGCGAUUGCCACCGAGCAGGCCGACAUGGAAGCGGACCUAGGAGCGUUGGCUUCGGACGACGAAACCGUUGAGCGGUUCAUUCAGUGCGCUAGCGAAGCUAUGCCGUAUUUCUCUGUAAGUUCUUCACAAGUAGAGUCGACCCAGUUCAUCAAGUUUAUGUGCGAGAAACUGUUGCCGCUCAACGUUUGGAACCUGAUUGGAGCCGGCGAGGAACAGCACACCACCCAACUGCGACUGCUGAAGGUGUUUGCCGAGAUGUGUGCCUUCUGUGGAUCGUUGGACAAACCGGCGGAGAAGGUCGAAGCAAUCUACAAUGUUCUACUGGAAUACAUGCCCCUCCCGCCUGCGGAUGCCGACAUGAACGAGACACCGUCGUUCCAGUUCUCACAUGCUGAAUGUCUUCUGCAUGCCCUGCACACUUUGGGAACGCAAGCUACAGAGUUCCUUACGUUCCCGGAUGAUGCUGUCAAGCUGAAGGACUUCCGUUCGAGGUUGCAAUAUUUGGCGCGUGGUACACAAGGAUACAUCAAGAAACUCCAGGAAGCCGUCAAGGGCAAGACAGUGGAAGAAAUGAAGUCCGAGGAAAAUCAAAUGAAGGCCACUGCCCUGAAGACUACAUCUAACAUCAGCACUCUGAUUCGGGACUUGUUCCAUACCCCACCCAGUUUCAAGUCGGUCAUCCAUCUAUCCUGGCUGCCACCGAAAUCCAAGGGGUUGGAUUCGAAAACGACAGCCAAGCGUCAUGCGGCAAUUACUUUCGAGGAGAACGGCAAGUCCAACGAUACCAAGGGCCCUAAACAAUCCAAGGGAAGUUCCGGUACACAGAAGGUCUACACACCUCCAUCGGGUAAAUACUCCGGUAAGGUGCAAACCUAUUCCAAUAAGAAUGGAGGAGGAGGCGGCGGUGGCGGUGGCAACGCGGGAAGACGACCUGGAGGUGGUGGUGGAUUCCGUCGAUCCAGCUUCGGUGGACGUUCAGGCGGCGGUGGUGGCCGAAGGAGGUAUUAAUUCGCCGUACCGAAGCAGAACAUGUAAACGGGUGAGAUUGAACCGGGGGCAAAAAGAGUACGAAUUCUGUAUCUGUCCUUCCUACCCCACUAAUCCACGCUUUAGCUAGAUUCCAUAAGUUCUAAGGGAUUCAUUUUUCAUCAGAAAUCAUCUUCAUUUACAUUCAUAUACAGUUCGCAUUGUUCGUUAAUUUAUGCAACGAAAGUUUAGAAUUUUGACUUUUGAAAAUAGACAGCGAGUGGAACGAGCUCAACGAGGGACUGUCGACAACCAUCGCAUCGGAGUCGACUCGAAGCAGGUACACCGGAAUAAGCAUUUCCAGACCAAUUCUUUUUUAUUGCAGGACCAUCUGGGCUCGUAUCUUUUUUCAUCACUUGCCAUUUACUUCAUCUUCUUGAGUUGUAUUCGUGUUUUAUUUUAUAACCUUACCAUCUGGAUCAUCCCUUCAAAAUUUCAAAUCAGCUAAAAUGUUAUAACCCAGUAGAAAUUAUAACCCCACACCAGAGUUCGUACGAUUUUCCAAAUGCCACCCGAGCGCAAAUAGACAUUUUGAAAGAAACCGUUUCGUCGUGGGAUACGGCCACUUCUCUUCGCGGAAGUCAUACGCAACAUUUACCUAAGAGUGAAACGAAUUUCUUCCUUUGCUACCAAUGAGCGAUAGCAAAUGCAAAUAUCAACCUUGAUGUGUGUGAGUAAUCGAACCAGUACGAUAUCUACUCUUUAUUCGAAUCGGUGGAGCUUGGAUGCUUCGAAAAUGUCGCUCUUCCAUUGUGCGUACGCUACACACAUUUGUUCAGUUCCGUUAUAAAUUCGAACUGUAGCAAUCGCUGAUGGGAUCCUUGCAUUAUCGAAGGAAACCCUCCAUCGAAGCCCCAGAAAAAAAAAACGUUCAACUUGCAGUGCAGUACCUAUAUAGAUGUAGUGAAACUCGAAGGCAUUCGGCAACAUUUGCCCAUCAUACUUUGCCGUCAGUGAGGCAUUUUUCAAAAUUAUCCUUACCUAUCUAAUCGUAACAGCGCAACUUUAAUCAUAUUCUAUAAUCAAUAAACAUUCUAGUGGAUAGAUGA